AUGUCAGUUCCAAAAUCACAGUCGCCGAAGAGGUCGUGGGAGGAAAUUGCAAGAGAAGCUCAGGAUCACCGAGACUCGACAAUUGCCCUGCUGUCGCCUCGAGUACCCAAAAUACCGGCGAACCCACCCAAGAAUGUCACGAGCAUUCCAGAGCAGGCCUUGAACAAGCAGAUUGUCACAAUCACGAGCCUGCUCCCUGGAGAACUCCUCUCUUCACUGGCAAGUGGCCAGCUUACUGCCGUCCAAGUCACUAACGCGUAUUUGCAACGCGCAGCUGUAGCUCAACAACUCUCUAACUGCAUCACUGAGCUUCUCCCUAACUUGGCCUUGGAAAGAGCAAAGGAACUUGACACCUACUUCCAGGAGCACAAACGUCCGAUAGGCCCUCUCCAUGGCUUGCCGAUCAGCAUCAAAGAACACAUUGGGUUCCAAGGCCUGCGGUGCACGACUGGCUAUGUCUCGCAUUGGGAUACUAUUGUGAAAGAAGAUGCGCACAUUCUGCAGGUGCUCCGUGAUGCAGGUGCUGUAUUCCAUUGCAGGACGACAGUGCCGCAGACCAUGAUGCAUCUGGAGACAGACUCCAAUCUCUACGGCGUGACUACCAACCCGUACAACAGCAACCUUACAUCAGGGGGAAGCUCGGGCGGCGAGGGAGCUGUCAUUGCGCUUCGCGGUUCGUGUUUGGGGAUCGGCUCGGAUGUUGGUGGAUCUAUUCGAAGCCCAGCUGCCAAUUGCAAUAUAUACGGCUUCAAACCAACGGCCUUCCGACUUCCCACCGACGGCUGGGGCUAUAUGAUGGCCGGUGCAGAUACUGUAGAGACUGUUCUGGGGCCGCUCUCGACGUCACUAGACGGACUAAAGAUCUUCAUGAAGACCAUUGUUGAUUCAGAGCCGUGGCUGACGGAGCCAGCACUGAUCCCCAUGCCGUGGCGAACAUAUACACUACCUCAAGACCGGCCCUUGAAGAUAGGAGUCCUAUGGCACGACGGUGUUGUACGACCGCAUCCGCCGAUCACUCGUGCCCUGAAGUCAAUUUCGGAUCGCCUGAAAAAGCAAGGUAUGCAGGUAAUCGACUUCCCGUCCCACCUGCAUGACGAAGCGUGGACCAUCUUGUCUUCGCUCUACUACCCAGAUGGUGGCGAGGCAGAUACGGAGGACAUCGAGUCUUCCGGCGAACCAUGGCGUCCGCUGUCCGAAUGGAUCAUCAAAGAGAAUCCGUGCGUCAAGAAACUCUCGGUUGGUGAGCUAGCAUACUGGUACGAAGAACGUGAAGCCUAUCGUAAAGAGUAUGCCCUGCAUUGGAACAAGUAUGGCAUCGAUGCACUCCUUUGCCCUGUUGGUCCUGGUGUAGCACCCAAACACAAUACUGCCAAGUAUUGGAGCUAUACAAGCCAGUGGAAUCUACUCGACUACCCGGGUGUAGUCUUCCCAGUGUCUCAGGUUGAUAAAGCUACAGAUGUGUGGGACGAUGAUGGGAGCGUUUGGAAUGGCCAGGAUGAGGAUAAUAGGAAGUUGUGGGAUCCCGAAGAAUUCCACGGUGCGCCUGUUGGGUUGCAGCUCGUUGGCAGGCGAUUUGAGGACGAGAAGGUUUUAGGCAUUCUGGAACACAUCAAAAAGGAAAUCUGCUUGCCGUAGACUAACCGCUAU